CGGCGGCGGCCGCGUGAGCCGUUAGCGACGGGCCGCCGCGAACCGGAACCAAAACCAAAAAAAAAAAAAUCACAAUCAAACCGGAACCGGAGCGUGGUCGCCGUAGUGGGAGUACCGCGUCUUCUCGGUGUCCGCCAUGGCUCUUAUCUGCUCCAUUUCCAACGAGGUGCCCGAGCAUCCCUGCGUCUCCCCGGUUUCCAACCACGUCUACGAGCGGCGGCUGAUCGAGAAGUACAUCGCAGAGAAUGGCACCGACCCCGUCAACAACCAGCCCCUCUCCGAGGAGCAGCUCAUCGACAUCAAAGUUGCCCACCCGAUCCGGCCCAAGCCUCCGUCUGCCACGAGUAUCCCGGCCAUCCUGAAAGCCCUCCAGGAUGAGUGGGAUGCCGUCAUGCUGCACAGCUUCACUCUCCGCCAGCAGCUGCAGACAACACGCCAGGAGCUGUCCCACGCGCUCUACCAGCACGAUGCUGCCUGCCGUGUCAUCGCUCGGCUCACCAAAGAGGUCACCGCUGCCCGAGAAGCUUUGGCAACUCUGAAGCCACAGGCUGGCCUCAUCGUGCCUCAGACGGUGCCGUCCUCCCAGCCAAACGUGGCGGGAUCUGGGGAGUCCAUGGAUCUGGGAGAGCUUGUGGGCAUGACCCCCGAGAUCAUCCAGAAGCUUCAAGACAAGGCUACGGUGCUGACCACGGAGCGUAAGAAGAGAGGCAAGACGGUUCCAGAGGAGCUGGUGAAGCCAGAGGAGCUCAGCAAGUACCGGCAGGUCGCCUCACACGUGGGGCUGCACAGCGCCAGCAUCCCAGGGAUCCUUGCCUUGGACCUCUGUCCUUCCGAUACCAACAAGAUCCUCACCGGCGGGGCUGAUAAAAACGUCAUCGUCUUUGACAAGAGCUCGGAGCAGAUCCUGGCGACGCUCAAAGGGCACUCCAAGAAGGUUACCAGUGUUGUCUUCCAUCCGUCUCAGGACCUGGUAUUCUCAGCUUCUCCCGAUGCUACUAUCCGGAUCUGGUCUGUGCCCAACGCCUCGUGCGUGCAGGUCGUCCGUGCCCACGAGGGCUCUGUGACGGGGCUGAGCCUCCACGCAACAGGCGACUACCUCCUCAGCUCUUCUGAUGACCAGUACUGGGCUUUCUCUGAUAUCCAGACAGGCCGUGUCCUCACCAAGGUGACGGAUGAGAGCUCUGGCUGUGCUCUCACCUGCGCCCAGUUCCACCCGGACGGGCUCAUUUUUGGAACUGGGACGAUGGACUCUCAGAUCAAGAUCUGGGAUUUGAAGGAACGCACCAACGUGGCCAACUUCCCGGGGCACUCGGGCCCCAUCACCAGCAUCGCCUUCUCCGAGAACGGCUACUACCUGGCCACGGCAGCGGACGACUCCUCUGUCAAGCUCUGGGACUUGCGUAAGCUUAAGAACUUCAAGACGUUGCAGCUGGACAACAACUUUGAGGUGAAGUCUCUCAUCUUUGACCAGAGCGGCACCUACCUGGCCCUGGGCGGGACGGAUGUCCAGAUCUACAUCUGCAAGCAGUGGACGGAAAUCCUCCACUUCACAGAGCACAGCGGUCUCACCACGGGAGUGGCUUUUGGCCACCACGCCAAGUUCAUUGCCUCAACGGGCAUGGAUCGGAGCCUGAAGUUCUACAGCCUGUAGCCCUGGGUGUGGGGCCGGGGUCUCACUGCCGUGCUGGG